AUGAGCAAUGCAGUGCGAGCAAGCUUACGACAGGCGGGUCUGCAAGACUCAGUCAGAGUAGUGGACAUACCACCUGAAAACCUGAAGCAGCAGCUAGUCCGCAAUCGCGCAUAUGACAGACUUUGUGAGACACCUAAUUGCAUUGUUCGUCCGAACGGGAGGCAGGGUGCUCAUCGCACACAGUGUCAUGACAACACCCCUUUCAAGAUAGCUGUCACUAUCUUAGCACGCGAAUCAGACGUUCUAGCGCGAAAAACAUUGGAAGCGUUUUAUAUCACGGCCAAAAGUCCUAUCAUGAAUCGUAAAGAAGAAUGCAUCGCUGUGACCAGCUCUGAAGAAGGCGACGACGCCGAAACGCUACCCAGAAUAAAGAUCAAUAACAAUCUUGGUUCUGCUUAA